AUGGCAAAGUUUGGACCUCCCGAGCCUUUUGAUUUCACGCAGCCAGCGGAGUGGCUCAUGUGGCGGCAGAGAUUCUCCCGGUUUCGAGUCGCAUCAAAACUUGACAAGGAGAGCGGCGAAGUGCAGGUGAACUCGCUCUUGUACUCUAUGGGGAGAGAUGCCGAACCUAUUUACGGCUCAUUUGUGUUUCCUGCGGCGACCGAGGCCAUGCCACAUCCAGAGUACGACUUUAAUCUGGUUAUUCAGAAGUUUGAUGAACACUUUGUCCCGAAGAGAAACGUCAUCCACGAUCGCGCCUGUUUUCAUAAGCGGAGCCAAAGGGCCGGUGAGGCAGUCGAAGCUUUCGUGCGGAGCCUGUACGAGCUUGCACAGCAUUGUGAGUUCGGUGCGGGGAAGGACGAGCAGAUCCGGGACCGGAUUGUUAUUGGAAUAAUGGACAAAGAGGUUUCUCAAAAACUCCAGUUAGAGGCGGACCUGACACUGGAGCGAGCCAUCCAACUUGCACGUCAAAGUGAACAGGUGAAACAACAAAGUGCAGAGCGUGUGGAAAUUACAGUGAAUGAGGAAGGCCCCAAAGCGCUGUGGCCAUACACCUUUUAUGAGGGCAGAAGGUCAGACGGGUAUGCCCUGGGUAGGCCCCUGGUCAUGAAGAAUACUAAUAGGAGCGCCUCAAUGGCCGACUCCUGCCAGCGAGGACUCCCGACGCACCCGCGAACUCUGCAAGUCAUCGAUAGUCAAGGAACCGUCUUCCCUGGGGAGCUCAAAGACCAACAACAUCGCCUGCGAGACCUCAUCCCCGAUGAGUUUAUGACAAUCCUGCCAUAUUAUAUAUCAGCCAAAAGCCCUCCCCGUAACUGA